GGCUGGCCUGGCUCCCUCUCUCCGUCGCCGGGUGCUGAAGUUGGGCGGAUGGCAGCAAGCCGGAUCCUCUAGAGGACGGAGCAGCCCAGCCUCGCGCGCCCUCGGACCCCGGUGCGCUCACCCACAUCCCAGGCCACCCGGUAAGCCAGCUGGGUUCCCAAGUAGCUGAAAUGAGAAAAAGGCAGCAAUCCCAAAAUGAAGGAACACAGGCUGUGUCUCCAGCACCCGGAAACCAGAGGCCCAACAACACCUGCUGCUUCUGCUGGUGCUGCUGCUGUAGCUGCUCCUGCCUCACCGUCAGGAAUGAGGAGCGAGGAGACUCUGCGGGGAGACCCCCCCACACCACAAAAAUGGAGAACAUCCAGGUCCUAGAGGAAUGCCAAAACCCCACUGCAGACGAGGUCAUGUCCUGGUCUCAAAAUUUUGACAAGAUGAUGAAGGCUCCUGCAGGAAGAAACCUUUUCCGAGAGUUCCUCCGAACAGAAUACAGCGAGGAGAACCUCCUCUUCUGGCUAGCCUGCGAAGACUUAAAGAAAGAGCAGAACAAAAAAGUCGUUGAAGAGAAGGCCAGGAUUAUAUACGAAGACUACAUCUCUAUACUGUCGCCGAAGGAGGUCAGCCUGGAUUCUCGAGUUAGGGAGGUGAUCAACAGGAACCUGUUGGAUCCCAGCCCUCACAUGUACGAAGAUGCCCAGCUGCAAAUCUACACCCUGAUGCACAGGGAUUCUUUCCCACGAUUUUUGAACUCGCAAAUCUAUAAAACUUUUGUUGAAAGUACUGCCACCUCUUCUUCUGAAUCUUAAUUUUCGUUUGAAAGGCCAAAAAAAAAAAAAUCAUUUCAGAGGGCUGGGAUGGGAAAUAUUAGUAGUUAAAUGACACCAGAAGCUGAGUUCCUGGAGAACUCCAGGUUGGCACCCUCGGGAUGCUGGCAAGAGAGAACCGUGAAGGUCUUUCUCUCCGUUGUUAUCAAGGUUACCCAUGAUUCUGUUUGGAGAAAAGCCUAUGUAAGACAAUGAAUUGCCAAAUUAAGUCUGUUUGAUUCAACACUUGUUCUACUUGCAAGCAAACUGUGUUCCUAGUCCUCUGAACAGUCUCCUAGUGCAUCUCCAGAGGCCGCAUGUGCAAAGUACAGCAGCUUUGUUUGCCACUUAGUCGUACUAUUUAAUCUGUAGUGUACCUUAUAUAUGUAUUUCAGGACUUUCGUGCAAUAUGGUCUCUUAGAAACAAUUGCCAACAAAUUGGCUGUGGUUUGCAUUUUUUAAAGCAUAAUCUGAUACAAAAAAAAGCUAUUUUAAACUUGUAACUGUGAUAUUUAACCAUGCUACACACUAUGUUUAGUACAUGGACUUUGAAGCCAAUUUUUCUGUACAUGGAAAGAAAGUAGCUGUAUAUUUCUGCCUGUUGACGGAUCUGGUUCACUGCCCAAACUCUGGCAUGUUCAUUACAGAAGAAUUUGCUAUGUUUAAAAGAAAAGAAAACAGCAAGAAAAAAAAAAAAAAAACGAACAGUGAUAAGAAAAUUUUAAAAAGCACAAAACAAUCUGAAGAUAUCUCGCUGAAAAGAUCCAAGAGUGAUACUGGUUUUAGGUUUAAAAGAAGAAAUGAGUCUAUGUAUAUAUCAAAUGUGCAAUACUGUAAUUUAUUUAUUAAAGAAUGGCUCUCCAGUUCUGAAACAGUUGUGUAAAGUUAUGUAUGUCAGCAAGAAAACAACAGGAUGCUUGAUAUUCCAGUUUGGGGCUAUGAAGGAACAGAUUUAGUAGGGAACGCCUACAGGCAGCACUGUGAAAGGCGUCUUGAGGAACUGCGGCUGGCAUGUGGCAUAUUUGCCUGGGACAUCUAAUCCAGUUAAAAGCUUAAGUUUUUCCUAAGCAACAUUUCACAAGGGGUUAUGAAGAUGAAAACUUUGGAUGUCAGACCUUUACUGUUUUCAUGUAGUAUUUCAAGAAAGACUUAGUUUAACAUUGUUCAAAACAAACUAUUGACCCUCACCCACAAUUAGAAGGCAGGACAGUACUCAAAUCCUUUAGCUGUCAAUAUUAUUUUUUGUAAUUCCAUCAGCUCUUUACAUGGAAAUACUCACCUGACCUUGGCAUGUAUCUCUGACCUUCAGAUCAGUGUCAUAUUGUGCACAAAUCCAAAGUUACAAUCAAUGUCAUAUUUAUAUCAAGGUCUUAUCUUUCAAUAUCACUAUCCCCUGGAGACUAUUUUUUUAAAUCUUAAACUCAAUGAAUAUAAUGUUGAGUAAUCUAAAAAAUGGAAGAUUUAAAAAGAU